UUUCUUCUUCCUUGUUUUUCAUUUCAUUUCUCUGUAUAUUCUCUUGAAUUCCCUUUUCUAUUUGAUGUUUGUUUGAUUAUAACCUGGUAUUUAUGCUAAAGAUCACUUUUUGGCAUCUGGGGUUUUCUUCGUUCUCUCUUAUUUCCUUUAUUAUUUCUCCCUACUUUGUUUUGGUAUUGCAUUAAAAGCUGUUUUUUCAUCUGGGGUUAGCCCAAAUUUUCAAUCUUUUCUACAUUUUGUUUUGUUUCUGUGUCCUUUUAUGCAAUGUUUAUUCAGGGAUUCUCUUUAUUUUAUUUUUUGGUCAUUUUCUUGGAUCGCUGUGUAUGUGGUGUUUUUGUCCCCAUUUGAGACAAUUCAGUUGGAGAAUAGAUUGAGAUUGUUGAAGGCAUAAGUUUCCGUCUUAUACAUAUCACCAGAGGAUGGGGGAUCACUUUGUUUUUCUGGUUGAUCGAUUGCUGACUGAAUCAACUUUAGAGGCUGCAAUUGAGAGCAGGAAUCAGAAUCAGUUAGCAUCAUGGAUGACCAAUGACGUGACACCGAAUUGCUCAUCCCAAGAUGCUGCUGCUGUUUUGACUGCAGGGAAAAUGGUAGAAUGUAGGAUAUGCCAAGAUGAGGAUAUGGAUUCAAAUAUGGAGACUCCUUGUUCUUGCUGUGGUAGCUUGAAGUAUGCACAUCGGAAAUGUGUGCAAAGGUGGUGUAAUGAGAAGGGUGAUACCAUUUGUGAAAUCUGCCACCAGCCUUUCAGGCCUGGUUACACAGCACCACCCUCUAUUUUUCGCCUUGGUGGCAUCCCAAUGAAUUUAAGGGGGAAUUGGCGAAUUGUCAGAAGGAACUUGAAUAAUCAACGUGUGAUAGCGGUGGUUUCAACUGAUCACAAUCUCAUUAGUGCCGACUCUGAGGAAGAUGCAGUUUCUACAUCAAGAAGCAUGAUGUGUUGUCGUGUAGUUGCCAUAAUAUUUAUGCUGCUGCUUGUCAUACGUCAUGCUCUUGCCGUCAUAGUCAAUCAAGCAGGGGACUACUCACUUCCAUUGAUUGUGCUUCUACUGCUAAGAGUUUCAGGCAUUGUUCUGCCUGUCUACAUCAUAAUGAAAGCAGUGACUUCUUGCUACCACCGGCAACACCAACAGGCUACUUUGCCCAUCUCUUCACCCCGUGAAGAAGCUAACGUAGUGACUCUGCAGCAGGAGCCUCCUGUAAUUGCUAUCCAAUGAAUGGCUUUCACUGUUGAACCAAAAAGAAAGUUCAUUCUUCAGACAUACAUCUCAUAGCACAUGUCGAUCUUCAUUUACUCUACUGUUAUUACUCUUUCUUGCUGCAAUGACUAUGCUGCAGAAGGAGUUGCUGCGCAAAUUUGUGAAGGAUGAUCAAUAGACAAGAAGUUAUAUAAUUGAAGGGAUCGGUGAGGGAUAUUUCAGAAUAGAAGCAUAAAAUGUAAAAGAAAGGACUCAAGUGAUGAAAAAGAAGGCAAGAUAUCCAUUUUUACAACUAGAGAUAUCUGAAGGUCUGAAUUAGUCAGAGAAAAAUCUUUGUACAGUUAAUAUGUAUAUGAACAUGUUGAAGGAAUACAAAAACUAGCAAAAAAAGUUGUUAAUUUUA